AAUUUGUUGAUAUUAAUCAUCAUCACAUUGAGAUGGAUGCGACUGACGCCCAAAGGUACUCCCCCGACGCCCACGAUCCAAACGGUAGAACUUGGAUGAUACCAGGCUAUGUCCCAAAAUGCCUUUUUUUCUUAGCCAGUGAGACGGAAUUUUGCUAUAAAAAAAACUCCAUUGUUCCGCACUGCAUACGAAAUUUACCAAUAAUCCCUGUGCGAUUGAGGAUGUCACGGUUCACCUCGGCAACACAAUCGACGUCCUACCUGUCGCACUAGAACUUGCCUGCAGUCUGCAACUUCUGGGUUUUUAGGGAAGCCAUUUUGAACCCCGUCACACACCUGUAUACAAACCGUGUUCUUUUGUGCAAGCCUGGAACUUCUUGUAGUAUAGGAGUGUUGAUUUUGACAAAAUCACUGCGGAUUUCAGACACUAAGCUACUUUCCAUCUUCCAAGAGGACCAGAACUUACCGAAGAAUUGACGAAGAAACUUUCUGCGUCAUUUUCAAGGACUUUUUUGGAGUGGGCUUUGCGCAAUUCGCUGUCAGUAAUGAGUAACACGAUGUACGUGCGGCAGAGCCGGAACCGACCGAGCGUGAGGCCUGGGGGAAGCCGGCGGGGCCGGGCACGGUCCAUGUCGCGCUCCCCGACCCGCUUGAUCCUCACCCCGGCAAAUCGCUCUCAGACGCGGGACGACAGCGGCUUGGGACGCGCCAUGCCAGCCCGCUUGAAGCUUCAAGUCCGCGAGCCCGCUAACGGCCGACCAGCACGUCAAAGCAGACGGCCAGCCGCCCGGCCCACCGCCCGGCCCACCACCACCACAUCAGAUGAAAACGAAAUGGCCAACACCAGAAGUGCCAACCCAGAGAAUUUCUCCAAGACCUUCUUCAGGAUAGUCUUUCUGGGCGCCACCCGAGUCAAGACCUCUGAACCGAGUAUCUUGGAGCUUAACGCGCUGGUUGAGGAGAUCCGUACUCGUGCCAGGGUGUACAGGGAAAGAGGCGUUGCCAUUCCGCUUUAUACCGUGCACAUCAACGCUAAGAGCGUAGCCCUAUUAGAAACCCAGACCCGAGACGUCCAGCACAUCCCAAUCAACCAGGUCCACUUCGUGGCCGCUGAUCCGCGCUACCCUUCCAUUUUCUCAAUGGUAGCCCGCGGUCGUGGUAACCGCUUCCUGUGCCAUGUCUUCGAAUGCAGCAGCUACAAGCAGUGUGACACCAUCACCAAGACGGUCUCUGAGGCGUUUCGCGUUGCUUACGAGAAGUGGCUGCGCGUGGAGGAGAACCAGCGCCGUUUGGAGGAGCGCAGGGCCCGCGAGAUGGACAUGGGAGGCCUCGAAUACUUCCAGGAGUGGGAUGACCACGCCCCCCGCGGCAUGCCCCUCUACAACAUCUCCAGCUACUACAACUCUGGCCACGCUCGCCCCCGCGAGUACCUCCGCCCUCGUGACGAGCUGCCUGGCCUGCCGGAGCGUCUGAUCGUCUCCCGAUCCAACCAGGGCAACCGCGAGCCCGAACCCGAGCCGUACUCCAUGCGCUUCAACUUCGAUGACGAUGAUUAUGACGAUUCGCCCCAAGAGGAGGUUUACGUGCGGCAGGACGUCAACAACGGGCGCCGAGGACGGCAACAGCAACAGCCGGUGGUAUUCGACAUCCGCCCGGACUGGGAAUAAAAUCCUGAAAGUCGGUUAAAAACCACUAACCAACCUUUGGUUUUGAUUUCGUCAAGUAAGCGACUUUUAACUGUCAUAAAUAUCAGAUGACCAACCUCUCAAAACCAGAAACCAAUUUCGCUUGUAUUGCCGUCUCCCCCCCCCAAAAAAAAACCCCAAUGAUUACAGACAAAAAGUUUGAAGUAGGCCUACAGUCAUGUAGCUGUCGAAGAUUUCUGCGCGCUACAAUUUUAGUAAGUUUUUCACAUAAAUUAAAUUGUUUUUGAAGAUGCAACCGUCAUCUUUGGAGUUGUACAAAUAAAUGUUUAAAAAGAACACAAAUCUAUUUCUGCCUGGUUUUGGGUGGUGGUCACAUUAUAUUUUCGGCAUAUUGAUUUGUAUAAAAUAUGAAAGAUGAAGUACACAGUUAUUUUUGUCAUACUGGAUAAAGUAGCAGCCAGUGCUGUAAAAAAAAUAAAGGAAAAAAACGUGAAAAAAGUCGUUCAACAUUUCUAUGCGUACUUAGACUAGAAAACUUUGAAGUACAGAAAUACUCAAACACUUACUACAUUGUGAUGAAUUUUUCAUGACUGUGCCAAACUAGAUAAAACUUUGACGCGCAUUUCAAUGUUUACAUGAAAGCUGCUUAAAAUGUUAUUUAAUACCGCAAAACAGAAAUUAGGGGCACUAUAUACGGCCUUUUAAAAUCUCAGAAAUGAUCUGUAGACGUACAUGUAUUUUCUGUAAAGGAAAUCUAAGCUGUUUCCUUUGUUUGCAGUUUUUCAUUGUUAUUAUUCCAUAAGUUUCUCACAUAAAAAGUGGGAAAGUACCAGGCUAGAUACUCGAGGUCAUUUUGAUCGAGGACGUACGACAAAAGGUGUUUUGGUUGGGAUGGCAGUGGGUCAUGAAUAAACAUGAGGUGAGUGGAUGAUCAGUGAAGCGCUGAAUUCCUAUUGGACGGCUAGAUUUCCAUAUCAAUUAGUGCCUCACCCUUGGAUUUUCUUUUCAAUCAGGCUAACUGUACACAGAACCUGUGUAUAAAAUACAUGUAGAAACUAUAGUAAGUAGGAUUCUACAAGGAUAAGUUUCAUGAAGGCUGCUUGUCAGAAAGAAUGUUGUUUUUUUAUCCAGAAUUUGCUUUGCUGAGCCGUAAAGGGUUACCAGCCAAGUGUCAUCAAUGUACAUGUAUACUUGGUCGUAACUGGUUCCCAACUUGAUCAAGGAAAACUGCUGAUAUGUUAUUUCCAUCUGAGCGCCUCCAUGAAAUUUGUCUUAGCUUGUUUUGGACUUCGACGAAAUCUGGGCUUAGCAGUUUUAUGUUUUAAACAAUCAACGAAUUAAAACGAUUCAAAAAUAUCGUGCACUGACGUGUAUAAAAUGCGCCGAUUUUGCUAAUUUAAAAAAAAAUCCGAUAAAUACAAGUUUACGAUAACACAAUAGAGUUUUAAUGACAUUUUUUUUUAAAUAUUAUUAUUGGCCAUGUAUUUUAUCUGUAUAUGGGGUAUGAAUUUGAGGGAAACAAACCAACUUGAUAUGUUUUAACCAACUUUUGUGGGUAUUUAAAGUGGAAAGGAAUGCAUAAAUGUGUGCCACUUAGGAACUAGAGAAGAUAUUGAUACUGUUGUUCAUGUUUCUAUGCAUUACACAAAAAUGGAGUGUGGUUUUACAUGUACAUGUACAUGUAUAUAUAUAAACAUGUACAUGUACAUGUCUUAUGAGGUUAUAGUUUUUUUUGCAAUUUUUAUUUUAUUUUAUAGCAGAACAGUAAGCGUGAAAGGAUUGUGGAGAAAGAAUGAUCAACAAUAGCAAUUACAAAUUUGUAAUUAUUUAUAGUAAUAGUUGUAGCCGUGUUAGGGUAUUCCUCGCUUUUAUAUUAUGUUGAAGACUAUUAUGUUAAACUUGUUUGAGUAACAAUAUGUACACGUAACAUUUAAACAAAAAUGAUCGUGAGUUUGGACAAUGAUUUGGUAUUAUGUCAAAAGGCAUGUGUUUUGCAUGAAGAUGACCCUGAAUAUAACGACCGAAACGUUGGCUUCAUUCCACGCUGUUUGUUUAGUUUCAUCAAUCACAGUUUCCUUUUUUGGAAUUAUUCUAAAUUGUACAUAGCAUUUUUUGGGCUAAAAGGUUAAUUUUUCUUUCACUUAAAUAUAAAGCAAAUUGAAUAUUUUUAUGGAAACCAUGCAUAGUAGGGAAAUGUAAUUUUCGUAUUUCUGUUCCUUAAAACACUUUUAAUAGUCAAAAUAAAUACCGUGUCGCAUUUGUAUGUACAUUAACCAUUUUCCCGGGAUUUUGCAUAUGCUGAAAUAAAUGCAUUGUGGAUACAGAAAA